AUGCGUGGAAAACGAAGUAAGCAGUAUCGCAAGUUGAUGAACCAGUACUCGUUGACCUGGGGAUUCCGCGAACCGUACCAAUGCCUGGUUGACGCUGAGAUGGUGGUUGACUGCCAUAAUUUCAAAUAUGACCUGCUCGCCGGGCUAGAGCGCACAUUGCACGGCAAGGUCAAGCCAAUGAUCACACAAUGCGAAAUCCGUAAGCUGUACCUACGCAAGAACGAGCCCGACAUGAACAAGAUUAUCGACUUCGCAAAGACGCUAGAGCGCAGACGUUGCGGUCAUUUGCCCGAGGACUACCCCGAGCCCCUGAGCACAAUGGACUGCAUGAAGGCCGUCGUCGACCCGAAGGGAAACCUGGUCAACAAACACCGCUACUGUGUCGCAAGUCAGUCGGCCGAUGUGCGCCGCAUGCUCCGCGAAAUCCCCGGAGUCCCGCAAAUCUACAUUAAGCGGUCGGUCAUGAUUCUCGAACCCAUGGCGACGGAGAGUCUGGCAAUCAGGAACAAGGAAGAGAAGAGCAAAUUCCGCGAUGGGCUUAUUAGGCCCGAGAAGAAGAGAAAACGGGAGGAUGACGAAGGACACGAGAGCGGGAAGGAAGGAAAGGUACCCGCUAGUGGAACCCAGGAGAAGAAGAGUCACAAGAAGAAGGGCCCCAAGGGGCCGAACCCUUUGGCGGUCAAGAAGCCAAAGAAGAUCACAGAGGACAGUGCGAAACCGAAGAGCGAGUCGCAACCGGCGGGAAGCGGGGGCGAAGGAGAGGGUGAGGGCGAAGGCCCGGCGAAGAAGAAGCGCAGAAGACGUCACAAGAACCAGCCUGGCGGCGCGGCGUCGGGCACGCCAACAAAUCAGGGCGAAGCCCCGGCAGAGCAGGCAGCGGAAGGCUCGUAA